GGCUCGUCCAAUGGUGCGAAGCAAGUCGAUGUCGUCGCGGUCAGGCAAAGGUGAGUGAGUCAUCAACCCCCAGUUUACUCCUGCCUUCCUGUGAUUAAUUUUGCUCGUUCAGUUAUAGAUUAAUCAAUUACCAAUUAGGAAAAGCACAUUCAACCACUCUUAAUUAUAAAACCAGACAGUCAACUCUCCCAGCCUUUAGAACCAGUGCACCGUGCACGUCACUCUCCAAGAUUGUUUUCGUAUAACAGUAUCGCCACGGCGAUAGUGAUUUUGCUGAAGUUGCAAUCCAACAUCACAUAUCUCUCUGGGUUAUCUCUUUCUCUCUGCUCUCCAAACUGAUGUUGCACGCUGUGCAGAAGAGCUGUUUAAUUUGCAUAUCCCGGGCGUAGAAAGAGAGCAAGACAAGGAAGAAACACAAGAGGAGGAAGAAUUAAGCCGUUGAAAAUUAUUUUGAACUACAAAUUUAAUGGUAUGAUUAUGCAACGCAUAACCCACAUUUUGAUGAUCAAACCUGGUCAAUGCUGAAUGUAGAGAUACGUGCGCACCAUGUAAGUAGGGAGGGUAGCACCCUAGGAAAAGAUUCCCUUGCACACGAUUUUUCUUUAACUUGAAUAAAAACAAGAUUGAUGGUGAUGUGGCAUCGUAUGGUUGACUAUAUCAUAUAAACACAAUUUUUUAUUAAAGCAUAAUAUGAUGCCUAGUGUUGACAUCCCAACCAACGUAUGCUCAGAAUGCAGUACCCAACAAUUGCACAUAAAAUGAAAUCUAUAUAUGUACACCGGCGCACUCGUUGAUAAGUCACACAGAGCUCACAAAAAGCAAGGUUUCUCCAAAAGCAAUGAAAGGGAGCCUCUGCCAUGAGUUGAAGAGUGACCUCCCGGCAGCCGAGGUGUGGGAGGUCUAUGGAGGCCUCCUUUUGGGCCAGUUGAUCCCUCAAUUGCUUCCCGACGUGCUCUCAAAGUUCGAGGUUGUGGUUGGAGAUGGUGGUGUUGGAACAGUCUUGCGUCUCACCUUUCCUCCUGGAAUCGCUGGACUGGAAUACCAGAAAGAAAAGUUCACCAAGAUUGACAAUGAAAACUAUGUCAAGGAGGCACUGGUAAUAGAAGGAGGUCUCCUCAAUCUCGGAUUUUUGAAGUAUUUCGUACGGUUUGAGAUUGUACGGGAUGCAGAUAACACAUCUACAAUAAUAUCAACUGUGGAAUAUGAAGUUGAGGACGAGCACACAGGCAACGCAGCCUUUGUCACUACCAGCACUUUCGCUCGUAUUGCUGAGGCCAUCACAAAGUACAUCAAGGCGCAGAAGGGCGAUGAGAAAGCCCCAGAGCAAACUUUGUAAGAAGAAAGCAUCCCACCAUACUUUGAAGUCUGUACAUAUACAUAUAUGUUUAAUGCUACAUUUGAGGAGGUGUUUGUGAGAAAAAAAGGGAUGUGCCAGUCAGGCUUGGGAGGCACAUACUUCUCCGUGGAGAAACUGAAACUGGGGAAUAUGCAAGUCUGUUUUCAAGAGCUAGUGUCCAGCUGGUCCACGCUCG